ACCAAACAGAUUUCAGAAACUGUUCCUCCCACCUGGACCAAAGACCCGGCCUGGGGAGCCGCAGUGGGAGGCACUGCCGGCCAGGCAUGUGAUGCCUGGGGGACAAAGCCUGGCUCUGCUCCAAGCCUCUCUCAGCCCAGCCUGUGAGCUGCUUGGCCGGACGUCACCAGAAACCCGGCCUCCCCUGGGACUCCACCUGCUGCAGGCUCCCUGGUGUCGGGUUCCACAAACACCCUGAGCCGAAGGGCGGUGGGGACACAGUGGCCAUAGCCUGGCCCUGCCCUCUCGGGGGUCACAGACGGGGGCCCAGGACAGACCUAUCCCAGGGAGAGCACAGGGCGGCCAGCCUGGGAUAAGGAGAGCUGGGGCAGCCCCCGAGGGUUUCCUGGAGGAGGAAAAUGGGAACCAGAGCUGGGGGAGCAGACUGCGGUCAUCUUCUCCUGAGCACCCAGGGCAUCAAGGCAGGCUCUGAGCAGGGUGGGCAGAGCCAGGCUUAGGUUUCAGGAAGACCCUUUGUGCCAUAUGAACAGACCAGGGGAGCGGGGGGGCAGGGGUGGGGUAAUGGGGGAGCUCCCUGAACAGGUAGAGGCCAGGGUAGGGGUGCACAAAGACAUGUUUAAGAGGCAGUCGCUAGUUGGGUGUAGUGGUGCACACCUGUUAUCCCAGCACUUGGGAGGCUGAGGCAGGAGGAUGGCUGUGAGUUCAAGGCCAGCCUGGGCUACACAGCAAGCGGGUGACUUACACACAGAAAGAAUGAUACACACUUGACAUGCCAACUACUCAGGAGGCUGAGGCAGAAGGAUCAAAAGUUCAAGUACAGCCUGGGCAACUAAGCAAGACCCUGUCUCAAAAUAAAAAGAAAAAGGUCUGAGGAUGUAGCUCAGUACGAAAGGCCCUGGGUUCCACCGGGAGGGCUGGAGGGAAAAAUGGCAGAAGCAGCAGUGUGGGUGUGAGGGUGCUUGGGCUGAUAAGUCCACGUCCUGGUCCCAGCGAUGGGGUGGCCCCGCCCCCGGAAGAGGACCAGGGCUCACCUGGGAAGACGCUGAGGUCAGUUUGGGGCAGGUGAGAGAGAAGCUCAGAGAGACACUGAGACACCAACGUGACAUCAGGAUGCUGUCCCGGGCCUUGUUGACAGCGGAUCCAGGACAGAGCAGGGUGAGACAGCCAAGGCCCAUGGGCAGAGAGGGAAUCGAGCCCUCAAGAAGGGGGAGAAGAGAAUGUGGGUGCCAGGUCCUUCGCAAGAGGCCACUAAGAAGAGUCCAGAUGUCCGCCCCUUUGGAGACAGAGCUGGACUGAACUCGGCAAGUCAGAGUCUCUGCUCGUGCCUCAGGUUCUCCAGAUGCAGACGGGGCCCUGAAGGAGGCUGCCUCACAGUGGUGAUCUCCCCCAGCUCCAAGUCACCAAACCCUCCUGGGCCCGGUGGCAGACGGAGCCAGGCACCAACCAGGAAGGACCUCCAAGCUCCAAGCACCACACACCAGUGUCCCUGUCCCUGAGACCCAGCCUGUGCUAGAAGAUGGUGCCAACCGGGUGCAGCUGGCUUGUCCUCAGUGCCGCGGUCCUGAGUGUGGGCGCUGAGAUCUCCAUCACCCCCGAGCCCGCCCAGCUGGCCCCGGGGGACAAUGUCACCCUGCUGGUCCGCGGGCUCUCUGGGGAAGAGCUGGCCUACACCUGGUAUGCGGGGCCCACGCUCAGCCUGUCCUACCUGGUGGCCAGCUACAUCGUAAGCACGGGCGACGAGACCCCCGGUCCGGCCCACACGGGGCGGGAGGCCGUGCGCCCCGACGGCAGCCUGGACAUCCAGGGCCUCCUGCCCGGUCACUCGGGCACCUACAUUCUGCAGACACUCAACAGGCAGCUGCAGACCGAGGUGGGCUACGGACACAUGCAGGUCUAUGAGACCCUGGCCCAGCCCACGGUCCUGGCCAACGCCACGGAGCUCGUGGAGCGGCGCGACACCCUGCGCCUGCUGUGCAGCAGCCCCAGCCCCGCGGAGGUCCGCUGGUUCUUCAACGGCGACGCCCUGCCGGUUGCGGUCCGCCUCGGCCUGUCCCCAGACGGCCGCACGCUGACCCGGCACAGCGUCCGCAGGGAGGAGGCGGGGGCCUAUCAGUGCGAGGUGCGGAACCCGGUCAGUGUGAGCCGCAGCGAGCCCCUCAACCUGACCGUGUACUCCAUAGAUUUGAAACCUCCCUUGAAAUGUGCUGGCCCUACACACUCUUCACAGAAUACUGAGAUUUCCCCCGGAGGGGAAAUAAUCCUCAAGAUCCCAGAGCAAAUUAGAGAUCAAGUCGGCCCGGAGCGUGUGGCCAUCGUGCAGGACUCCACCACCCGCACUGGCUGCACCAUCAAAGUUGACUUCAACACGUCCCUCACCCUGUGGUGUACAUCCCGCUCGUGCCCGGAGCCUGAGUACGUAUGGGCCUUCAAUGGGCGGGCCCUGGAGAACGGCCGAGACCACCUCAACAUCAGCGGCAUGGCGGCCGCCCAGGAGGGCACAUACACGUGCAUUGCUAAGAACCCCAAGACACUGCUGUCUGGCUCUGCCUCGGUGGUGGUCAAGCUCUCCGCGGCAGCCAUCUCCAUGAUGAUCGUGCCAGUGCCAACCAAGCCCGAGGAGGGCCAGGACGUGACCCUGACGGUCCAGGGCUACCCCAAGGACCUGCUGGUCUAUGCCUGGUACCGUGGGCCAGCCUCCGAGCCCAACCGGCUGCUGAGCCAGCUGCCAUCAGGGAACUGGAUCGCGGGCCCGGCGCACACGGGCCGGGAGGUGGGCUUUGCCAACUGCUCACUGCUGGUACAGAAGCUGAACCUCACGGAUGCUGGCCGCUACAUGCUCAAGACCGUCACUGUGCAGGGCAAGACCGACACGCUGGAGCUCGAGCUGCAGGUGGCCCACGGGACAGCGUUCCUGCCAUCAGACACUGGAGUUUAUCUCUACAAAUGAGAUAGCGAUGAUCUCCACUAAGACAGAGGCUUCUAGGUGUGGGAUUUGUGUCUCCUCCAUCAGACCGGAGGUCCCAGAGUCAGGGUCUGUGUCUCCUCCAUCAGACUGGGGGUCCCAGAGGUGGACCCUGUCUCCUCCAUCAGACUGGGGGCCCCAGAGUCAGGGACCCCGUCUCUUCCAUCAGACUGCAUUUCCAGAGGCCUGGAGCCCUGCUGCUGAGCCAGGUGCACUGGACAGGAAGCUCUCAGACUGGGAACGAGGUCACUUCCUGGGUCUGGAGUCGCCUCCACCAUCAGACUAGGCACUUUCAGGAGUCCUGGGCCUGGGUCAGGAACGGUGCUGUCACCCUCAGACUGGCACCCUUCAGGAUCAGGGACCCAGUCACCGCCCCAGCGCCCAUUCUCUUCUGGGGUCGCCUCAGUAGUAGGCCCCUGGUCUUCGUCCCUGUCAGAGGGGUGGCUGCCCAUCCCUUUGCCCACCCUGGCAGCAGGUGCCACAGAGCCGGGAACCCUUCUCACCUGUCUCUCUUCUCACAUCCAGCUCCCUCCCUCGCACGACGACCAAUGCCACCCUCCUGACCUUGAACCUGGCACAGGCUGAGCGCGGGGCGG